AGUUGUUUGCUGAUCGUUCUAGGUUGAGCACAAGCUACUUAAAAUGGGCAAAAAAGUAACUCGGAUCUGUUUCCUGCUGUUUAUUUUUGGCUUAUCAUCUGUUGCUUCAGAUGAGAUAUUGAAAUGUAGAAAAGAAAUAAAGAACGCCCAUAGGCGUCCUGUUGUAACUUGUUAUGUCGAUGUGGCAGUUCGUGAAAAGGGAGAAAUACUUUCUGAACCAAUUGAUACUGAAAUAUCAACUUUGACUUUUACAAAUAAUAAUACAAAAUAUUUGCCUGAUAACGUUGCAGCAACUCUUCCAAACCUUCAGACGAUCUUUGCAUAUUGUUGGAAAUGUGUUAGUGAACGAUAUAAUGAGAAGUAUAGCGAAGUAUAGGAAUAAGUCAUUCAGUGCUUUGGUAGCCUGAUUGACACCGACUAGUCUUUUGUAGUGGAAUUUGCUGUUGAAGGGUUUCAAAGCAAAUCUA